GCCCCCGCCGGGUGUUUGUGGCGUGGAUCCUUUAAUGAAUCGCAUUUUCCAUGGCGAACGGGCGGACAUUAAAGAAUUCGGCUGGGCGGCUUUGCUGCUUUGUUCGAAUGAUGGUAACUUGUUCACUUGGCUUGAACUAAACAUGUUACUAACAACUCCACUUUGCAGACUUGAAUUACUGGCCGAUGUGCGGGGGAUCUCUCAUCAAUAAUCGGUGGAUAUUGACUGCGGCUCAUUGUGUGGUCCGUCAGUAUAAUAUUCGUGUGCGUCUGGGUGAGUGGAAUACGACCAGCACACUCGACUGCCAACAGUAUAAGAAUGGCGACAAGGUCUGUGCUCCACCGCACAUAGAUAUCAAUGUUGACCUCAUUAAGCCACAUGAACAAUAUGGAAGCUCCUCCAACCACGUCAACGACAUUGCAUUACUGCGCCUUAGCCAUCCCGUAAACUACACAGACUUUGUGAUACCCAUAUGCCUGCCGCCAGCAAAAGAGAAGUAUGAGGAUUCCUAUUCUGGUAUGGCCAUGGACAUCGUUGGUUGGGGAAAAACUAACAAAGCCAACUUCGAAGGCAGUUCAAUCAAGAUGAAGGCUAUUUUAGAAGUUAUCUCCAUCUCCGAAUGCCAACGAGUUCAUCAUCCGAUCUACCCUGGCCAAAUGUGCACCGGUGGUCAAACACCGCAAGGUAGCUGCAGAGGCGAUUCCGGUGGUGCGUUAAUGCUGCGAAAUACAAGCUUUACCACUCCCACGUACUAUGCCAUCGGUAUCAUUUCACUCGGCCAGAAAUACUGCUCACCUAGACGACUACCCCAAAUCUUCACAAGAGUUGAGUUCUAUGUGCCCUGGAUAAUUGAUACAAUGCUUGCCAAUUCUUAGGAUUAUCUCGUUUAUAAUGACUG